UGUUGCAUACAUUGCUCCAGGUGCUAAUUUGAUCUUAUCGUAGUUUAGUUAAAUCAAAUAUAAGGUUGAAAUGGCAAGCGGCAACAACUUCAGUGAAUUCGAUCAAUUUAACGUAACACAAAUUGGCCAAAAUGUUAGCAACGAUGGGAAUAAUGUUACAUCUCCGCCGCCUAGUCCACUUCCUCAGGAGCCGUUUUUUACACAAUUAGAAGUUGCUGUUUUUGGAAGCAUCAUUUGCAUAAUGUCCAUCAUUGGAAUAAUAUUAAACACCAUCACGUUCUUUGCAAUCUUAUUGAAUGCAAAACUGAAAAAUUCAGUUUUCAACGUUUUUAUAUCGAGUUUGUGCGUUUCUGACUUUUUAUCAUCAAUCAGCAAUCCGUUGUCAUUUUUUGCAUUGAUGGAAACUCAAAAAGAUUAUUUAUUUUCGGACAUGGUGUGUAAGUUGCAUACCGCUACUGAUAUAUGGACGACCAUAUGUACCAUUCAGCAUAUUCUUGUAUUUUCACUCCUUCGUCUUGUUGCUGUUUCGUAUCCUCAUCAUAUUAAACGUAUCAGUGUUUUGAUGGCCAAAAUCGGAGUUGCUGUCAUAUGGUUGGAAACUUUUGGAGUGUCUUUUGUACCCUACUUUCUCUUUAUGGGAGUAUUCAAAGGUUCUUCACUUGAUCCUAACGUUAUGUCGUGCAGGGCUGACGGACAGACAAUAAUAGCCUUCUCACAAUACAUAAAAUAUUCAUAUCCAAUCAUAUUCUAUGCACCUAUAAUUUUGGUGGUUAUAUGUUCCAUUGCUUUAAUAUAUCUCAUGAUACAAAGGAAAUUAUCCAAAGAAGCACUAGGAAAUGGCAGGAAGACAAAAGAUGAAAAUUUUGCCAUUCUUCAGCUAUCUUUAAUUUUGCUUUCUUUCCUGAUCGGAUAUAUUCCGGAUGUUGCUCGCCGACUAUUCAACACGAAUAACUCACUAAGAACCAAGUCGGAUUUGUUGAUUUAUAUUAUACCGAUAUUCAUUUUGCGAUUUUCGGAAUGUCUGAAUCCAGUAUUCUACAAUAUAUCUUCCAGCUCAAUUAGAAAUGCAUCUGUAGACUUACUCAAAAAAUUGUUUUGUUGCUGGAAACGAGAUUCGAGACCUUUGCAGGAAUCGGAACAAAAUCGAAGAAGGUUGCCUGGUAGUCAAGAAACAAAAUUUAGUGAGCAAAGCACAAGAAAAACCAAUGCAUAAAAUUUUGUGAUACACUAGUAUUAUUGAUCAAACAAUAGGAAACACAUGGAGAACAUUGACUGUGAAAAAUUGUAAAUUUACCUUCUGUAAAAUAUUUGUUACAAUUGUUUUUCAUAACAAAUUUUUACUCUUGUAUCUCAGUCAAAUGCACAAAAAAUGCAAUUUGAGUUCGGUAUGUGGCUCAAUGCAUAUGAAGAUGAAGACAAUCCACUCACGUGAAUAAUAGUUUAUAUGUAAUUUAUUUUUUCCAAACUUUCUUCAAAAGGAAACAACAUAGUUUCUAGUUGUCGCUGUUUCUUCAUUCAAUUCUAUUGCGAUGUUUUGUUGUUGUUAUGAUUAUAUAGCAAUUUGCUUUUUUAAUGAUCUAGAUAUUUAUAUUCAUAGUAAAAGUUAUUGUCAAAAAAGCUCUUUAAUUUAAAUAAGUUGCACACGUUAUGUAAAAGCUUUAUAAUGGUUUUGGUUGCUUUCAUAAUAUGUAUUCGUUUUGUAAUUUAAAAUUCUGUUUUACAAGUUUUGUGAAAGUUUGCCGUUAACGAUGUUAUUUCAGUCGAAUAUAGUUUUACUGAAAUGAGAAAUAUAGUCA